AUGAGCACCAACAUGAUCGACUCCUGUAGCUUCACGCAUCAGUUCAAGCUCAACUUCGAGGAGACGAAGCACGUCGCCAUCGACCACGUCGUCUGCUCCGGCGACAUCUCCGCUGGGGGGCACCUCUGGAGGAUCGAAUGCUUCCCCCGCGGGCGACGGAAGAAGAAAGACGAGGCCGAGCACCUCUCUCUCUUUCUCAAUCAUCUGAGCGAAGCCGACGACGCCCUAGCUGUCUUCGAGGCCUUCGUCAUGGUGGACGACCGAGACGGCGCUUCAUCAUCCUCGUCCCAUAGAAAAAGGUGCGCUCACAUCUACACACCAAAGGGCUCCUCCAAGAGUGAUCGGGGUUGGCCGCUGUUCGUGGAGCGAAGCGUCCUCGGGUCGCUCUGCCUCACUGACGGAUCCUUCGUCAUCACGUGCGUGGUCAAGAUACUGAGACUGGCCUUAGACGACGUCCCGCCCUCCGACAUACGGAGCCAACUCGGCGCCCUGCUGGAUUCCGCGGACGGCUCCGACGUGUCGUUCGCCGUCGGCGGCGAGGAGUUCCCCGCUCACCGGGCGGUGCUCGCCGCCCGCUCUCCGGUGUUCAAGGCGCAGCUCCUGGGAUCCAUGGCGGACGCCAAGAUGGCAUCCAUCGUCUUGCACGACAUCGCGCCCGCGACGUUCAAGCUCAUGCUUCGAUUCAUCUACACCGACACAUUUCCGGCAGAUGGCUUGCUCACAACUGCGACCGAGAACCUUCGAGACCUGCUCGCCGCGGCCGACCGCUACGCACUGGACCGCCUGAAGCUCCUGUGUGCCAGGAAGCUGUGGGAUGUUGUGUCCACUGAAACGAUUGCUACUAUUUUGGCCUGUGCCGAGACGUACAACUGCCCGGAGCUGAGGAAGAAGUGCGUCAACUUCUUUGCGGACGAGAAGAACUUCAAGAAAGCCGUGCUGACCGAUGGUUUUGUUCAGUUGGUGCAGAAGUUCCCGUCGGUUCUCGGCGAGCUCAGGGUGAAGGUCGUCGGGGCAUAG